UUCCAGGGGUGUGCUCUUUAUGAGAAACGAUUUCAUGGGGAAAGAGGUGUGCAAGCGAGGGCGCAUUUUCCGGGCCAAUUUCGAGGCUUACAGCAACCCAUCGCUCAGUGUAGGUCACAUGAGCCGGGUCAUCAGAAACCUUCUCUUCCCCCCGCCCCCCCCCCCCCUUUGGUUGGGCUUUGGAAAACCCAGAGGUGCGAGCACCGCCCCGCCCCUCCCCGCCGGAGGACUACAAAUCCCAUCCUGCCCUGCGCUCGCGCACGUUACGCCAGAGCAAGAUGGCCGACACGAUGGCCACUGCGGGGGCUGGCAGCUCCGGAGCGAGAUCCGGAGGUAAACAGUCCACUAACCCUGCUGACAAUUACCAUCUGGCCCGGAGGCGAACCCUGCAAGUGGUGGUGAGCUCCUUGCUGACAGAGGCAGGGUUUGAGAGUGCUGAGAAAGCGUCCGUGGAAACAUUGACAGAGAUGCUACAGAGCUACAUUUCGGAAAUUGGGAGAAGCGCCAAGUCUUACUGUGAGCACACAGCCAGGACCCAGCCCACGCUGUCAGAUAUCGUGGUCACUCUUGUUGAGAUGGGGUUCAACGUGGACACUCUCCCUGCUUAUGCCAAACGGUCCCAGAGGAUGGUCAUUACUGCCCCUCCAGUGACCAAUCAGCCAGUGACCCCCAAAGCUCUCACCGCGGGGCAGAACCGACCUCACCCGCCGCACAUCCCCAGCCAUUUUCCCGAGUUCCCCGACCCCCACACCUACAUCAAAACCCCGACGUACCGCGAGCCUGUGUCUGACUACCAAGUCCUGCGGGAGAAGGCUGCAUCCCAAAGACGGGACGUGGAGCGGGCACUCACCCGUUUUAUGGCCAAGACAGGCGAGACCCAGAGUCUUUUCAAAGAUGACGUCAGCACAUUUCCAUUGAUUGCUGCCAGACCUUUCACCAUCCCCUACCUGACGGCUCUUCUUCCAUCCGAACUGGAGAUGCAGCAAAUGGAAGAGACGGAUUCCUCGGAGCAGGAUGAGCAGACAGACACAGAGAACCUCCCCCUUCAUAUCAGCACGGAUGACUCUGGAGCCGAGAAGGAGAACACCUCUGUCCUGCAGCAGAACUCCUCCUUGACGGGGAGCCGGAACGGGGAGGAGAGCCUCAUCGAUAACCCCUACCUGCGCCCCGUGAAGAAACCCAAGAUCCGCAGGAAGAAGUCCCUCUCGUGAGCUGAGAAGAAAGCCUGCUUUGUACAGAGAUGUGGACACCACGCUCCUGGGGGAGUUAAAGCCGCUGGAGGGGAGCAGAAAGGGGGGCCUCCCGGGGUCCAGCGAGGCUGCUGGGGUGACCAGGCAUGCUUUUAACAGCAAAUUCUGUGUUAAUAUUUCCCAUUUUCACUGAUGUCUGGGUUGAGGAAGAUAUGAUGUGGUGGUAAUAAUGAGGCUUUCUUAAUUAGCCAGGCUGGACUGUGGGCGUAGGAGCAGCUGGCGACUUCAUUCAUUAUCACAGGACCUGACUCCUUUGAACCCGCGAGACCAGGGUAGGCCGCAGGAAGAAGGGGCUGCACCUUCUCUGCUUCCUCCAGAGGACUGUUUGCCUGGCUUCCGUUUCAGGCCCUCCGGGUCCCUUUAUUAACUCACAGACAACCAGUUUCUCACCCUAGAACCUCAGUCUUAUUUCUCUUCUCACCUGGGCUCCAAGCGCCCUGCUGAGAUGACGAAGGUGGCUUUGCCUUCCCACGUGUCACUCCUGGACCUGGGCCGCAGGAGUCAGGAGGAGUGAGCCGGUGUGCACGUGGAGGACGGUGAUGCGUCACAGCACACCGACUCUCUCAUUGCAUCUGGUGGACUCUUCCUACAAGGCAGCGCCCGCUCGUGAGAGGCUGGUGUUUGUUGUCGCUCUGUGGCAUGUGUGCUUUGGGACGACUGAGUCCUGCCCCAUCCAGGAAAGGUUUUCUCUGACAAGAGCCUCUGCCUGGUGUAUUAUGCUGUGACUGGCUGGAGAAUCC